GGCUGUUAUCUUAAAAAUUAUAUUAUAUUGUUAACGUUCUGUUUAUACUCUGUUUUAUAAUACUGUUAAUACUACUGUUAUACAUAAUGACAACUCUGUCUUUAUUCAACAGUGAUAGUCGCACUCUCGCUAUCUCUCUAGUUAAAAAAAAAAAAAAGGCCAUUCUGUAUGAUUUAUAAAUUGUUUUCCUCAUAAGGAAAAAAAAAAAACAAAUGUCCCUACAAGGUCAAAGUUUACUGGAACACAAUAGUGAUAUUCAAAAUAUAAAAUGUAUAUGGUUAAUUAUCUGUAAUAAUAAUUGUCAUGUUUGGUAGAGGUUAGCGGUAAAGGUUUACAAAAUGGAAAAGGAAAAAUAAAGAAAAAAAUAUGACGUCAUUAUUUCCAGAGAGGCCAGUGGCUCCGCCUGCGGCGCUAUAAAGAAAAAGAGGAAAAAAAAGUACCACAUAAAAUAGGAUAAAUCAGUGAGCUGAGUGAAGAGUGACAUAAAUAAAGAGGGAAGGAUGUGGGUAAUUCUGUAUGUGUUCCUGUCUUGUAACUAUAUAUAUGUAGCUUUAAUGGCCACUUCAGGUACUUGUAAGCUAAAGGGACACUUCACAUUGAAUGGGAUGUACCAGGAUGGAGACCUUCUAAUUGGUGGUCUGUUUGAGAUUCAGAGGUACCUCAAAGUAUUCCCUGAGCUGAGCUUCAGAACGGAGCCAAAACUACCACGCUGUGAGCUCUUCUAUAUGACAAGCUUCCAGCAGGCACUAACAAUGGUUUUUGCUAUCAAUGAGAUUAAUAACAAUCCCAACCUGCUGCCUAACAUCACGCUUGGUUACCAAAUCUAUGAUAACUGUUUAAGGCUUGGAGUGGCAUUCCGUGGUGCUACAGCUCUAGUUAGUGGGACAGAGGAGACCGUCUCUGACCUCAACUGCAAAGGCGCACCACCAGUGAUUGGAAUCAUAGGUGAUCCAGGUUCUACCCAUUCUAUUGCAAUUUCCAGUGUCCUGGGGCUCUUUCGACUGCCUAUGAUUAGCUACUACGCCACCUGCUCCUGUUUGAGUGACAGGAAAAAGUACCCUUCUUUUUUCAGAACAAUCCCCAGUGAUGCCUUCCAAGUUCGGGCUAUGGUUCAGAUCUUGAAGCAUUUUGGAUGGACCUGGGUUGGUCUCAUCUACAGUGAUAAUGACUACGGCAUAUAUGCUGCUCAGUCAUUCCAUCAGGAAAUGGAGCUAUUUGGAUAUUGUGUUGCUUUUUCUGAAAUCCUGCCCAAUGAUAACAACCCCAUAGAUAUUCAGCACAUAACGCGAGUGAUUCAGUCCUCUACAGCUAGAGUGGUAGUUGUUUUUUCUGCUUCAUCCUUACUGAUACCUUUGAUGAAUGAGGUGGUGUUGCAGAACAUAACAGGCAGGCAGUGGAUUGCAAGUGAAGCUUGGGCCACUUCACCUGUAUUUCGUACACCACGUUUCCAGCCAUUCCUGGGGGGCACAAUGGGCAUUGCUAUCAGGCGUGGAGAUAUCCAGGGGCUUCAUGACUUUCUGUUAUGUAUUCGUCCCAACAAUGAUCAAAGAAAUGAUAUAGUGAGGAUAUUCUGGGAGAACAUCUUUGGGUGCAGUUUUGAAACUGAGGGUAAAGGAACUGAUGGAGAGCAAGUCAAAAAGGUGUGUACAGGACAAGAGGAUCUGAGCACAACAAACACACCAUUCACUGAUGUUUCAGGAUUGAGGGCAUCGUAUAAUGUGUAUAAGGCAAUUUAUGCCCUGGCACAUGCACUUCAUGACCUAAUGCAGUGUGAGGAGGGGAGAGGACCAUUCAGUGGGAACAGAUGUGCCGAUUUAACCAACCUGAAACCCUGGCAGCUGGUUCACUACCUACAGAAAGUGAACUUCACCACAGGCUUUGGGGAUCAUGUGUCAUUUGACAAGAAUGGAGAUGCUCUGGCCAUCUAUGAUGUGUUGAACUGGCAGCCGAGCGCUGAUGGAUCGAUUAAACUCCACAAUGUCGGUGUAGUAAAUGAAGGAGCAGCAACAGGGAUGGUUCUCACACUCGACGAGGAUGCAUUUUACUGGAAUUUUGAAACAACAAAACCCCCACAGUCAGUAUGCAGUGAGAGUUGUCCCCCAGGAACCAGACGAGCCACAAGAAAGGGCCUUCCUGUCUGCUGUUUUGACUGCUUGCCAUGUGGAGAUGGAGAGAUUUCUAAUACAACAGAUGCUAUUGAGUGCACAACAUGUCCAGAUGAAUUCUGGUCCAAUCCAGAUAAGGAUCAAUGUGUCCCCAAAGAAAUAGAGUUUCUAUCCUAUGAGGAUCCUCUGGGCAUCUCUCUCACCACUGCUUCCCUGCUUGGCACCUUCAUCUGUGCUCUUGUGAUGAUCGUCUUCGCUCUUCACCGUAACACUCCCAUAGUACGGGCCAACAAUUCAGAGCUCAGCUUCCUGCUGCUGUUGUCACUCAAACUGUGUUUUCUGUGUGUACUGUUGUUCAUUGGCCAGCCGCAGUUGUGGACAUGUCAGUUAAGACAUGCUGUGUUUGGUAUAAGCUUUGUCCUGUGCAUCUCCAGCAUCCUGGUCAAGACUAUGGUGGUAAUAGCCGUAUUCAAGUCAUCUCGACCAGAGGGUAAAGGAGCAAUGAAAUGGUUUGGAGCAGCUCAACAAAGAUGCACAGUUCUGGUCCUAACAGCCCUCCAGGUUGUGAUAUGUGCAGUUUGGCUAUCAACUGCCUCUCCAACACCCCAUAAAAACAACCAGUAUACUCGCUCUAAAAUAGUCUAUGAAUGUGCCGUUGGCUCAGUGGCUGGUUUUUCUAUGCUGCUGGGAUACAUUGGACUGUUGGCAGCAGUAAGCUUCCUGUUAGCCUUCCUUUCGAGAAAUCUUCCAGAUAAUUUUAAUGAAGCCAAGUUCAUCACUUUUAGCAUGCUGAUCUUCUGUGCUGUGUGGAUUGCAUUUGUUCCAGCAUAUGUGAGUUCACCAGGGAAAUAUGCAGUUGCUGUGGAGAUAUUUGCCAUCCUGGCUUCAAGUUUUGGAUUACUGGUGGCUAUAUUUGUCCCAAAGUGCUACAUCAUCCUUUUACAUCCAGAGAAAAACACUAAAAAAGCCAUCAUGAGAAGAGAAGCACAAAAUAAAUAGUUUUACAUUAUUGUGGUCAACCA